AUGAAACACGGACAUCGAGAAUUUUCAACAUCACCACUACCAUAUGUAAUUGAUGAGAUCAAUAGAAAUUCUCGUACGGUUCAUUAUGAACGACCACCAACAGCAAUGGGCUCGACAGGACGACGUCCAGUAGAAGAAAAUCGACGUCUUCUAUUAGAAAACGACAUGUCUGAUGCACGUAAACAAGGUUUAAGAGUAUGCCGUUUGUGGCAAUUAUUAUUAACACUGAAUGUGAUUAUCAUUUUAACAGCAAUUAUACUUAUACUCUUACUUCUUUUCAUCAUUGGACCUCUUUUUCCUUAUCAAACAUAUGGUCAAUCUUGUCGUACAGCAUCAUGUAAUCAAGCUUCUGGACUUAUCUGUAGUACAAACUCUAUCUGUUUAUGUCCACCAUCGAAUUCAUAUUGGUCAUAUAUUGAGACAGGCUGUCGUAUUUGCCCAAAUGGAUGGUCUUCUAUAAAUGGUAAAUGUAUUUUUAUUUCAACAUUUUAUUUAAAUUGGACAGAUGCAUUUGAUUAUUGUCAAUCAUUUACUGCUCAAUUAUUAACAUUAUCACCAAUGAAAUUAUAUUCAAGUUUAACAUUAUCUCAAAUAAAUAAUUCAGUUUUAUCCAAUACAAAUUAUUUCAUUGGAUUGUCUGAACAACCUAGUAAUUCUGGUAAUUGGCAAUGGGUAGAUGGAAGUUCAUUAGAUUCAUCAAUGACGAACUUAUUUUGUACAAAUGGUUCAGUUAAUCAAUUUGAUACUAUUUUUCGUACAUAUAUGAAUUGUGUAAUCUAUCGUAUGGAUUCAUGUUUAGCUCGUUCGACAUGUCAACGAGUAGAUAUGAAUUUUAUUUGUGAAAAAAUUUGA